AUGUGGAUCUUAUUGUUUUUACAGAUUCUAGCCUACUCUGAAGGUCUGCAUGGCCGAUGGCACUUCAACGAUGUGCGAGCAAUAUUUUCAAGGAGAUAUCUUCUACAAAACACGGCUUUGGAAAUUUUCCUAUCCAACCGAACGUCCGUGAUGUUCAACUUGGCGAACAAAGCAACAGUGAAGAAAGUUGUCGCUGCUCUACCGAGAGUUGGCGUUGGUCUCAAGUAUGCCAUUCCACCCUCAAGACGAGUUUCGCUGGCAAGCUCAAAGCAGCUGUUCAAGGCAUCAACAAUGACGCAAGCUUGGCAGAGGAGAGAGAUCUCUAACUUUGAGUACAUUAUGUACCUCAAUACCAUUGCAGGACGAACUUACAAUGAUAUCAACCAAUAUCCUAUUUUCCCUUGGGUGCUCACUAACUACGAAUCCAAUGAAUUAGAUUUGACACUACCAAGCAACUUCAGAGAUCUAUCUAAGCCUAUUGGUGCAUUGAAUCCUAGUCGGAAAGCUUUCUUCCAGGAGCGUUAUGAGACUUGGGAGGAUGAUAAAAUCCCUCCGUUUCAUUAUGGAACCCAUUACUCCACUUCUGCAUUCACCUUGGGUUGGCUUAUCAGAAUUGAACCCUUCACCACCUUCUUCCUCAAUCUUCAAGGGGGUAAAUUUGACCAUGCAACAAGAACGUUCUCAUCGGUAGCAACUGCCUGGAAGAACUGUCAGAGAGACACAUCAGAUGUCAAGGAACUUAUUCCAGAAUUUUAUUAUCUACCGGACAUGUUUGUGAAUGAGAACAAGUUUAAUUUUGGAAAGCUAGAAGACGGCAGUCUGGUUGAUGAUGUUUUCUUGCCUCCAUGGGCAAAAUCUCCGGAGGAUUUCAUUAGAAUAAAUAAACUGGCUUUGGAAUCUGAGUUUGUAUCAUGUCAACUACAUCAGUGGAUUGACCUGAUCUUCGGUUACAAGCAACGAGGACCCGAAGCUGUCCGAGCUACGAAUGUAUUCUACUACUUGACGUAUGAAGAUAGUGUCAAUCUCGACUCCAUUGAGGAUCCAGUUAUGCGUGAGGCUAUUGAAAAUCAAAUAAGAUCAUUUGGACAGACAAAUUCUCAUGAAUAUAUUUUCUUUUCUGAUCCCGCAGGUGCAUCAGGAGCUCCGGGAUUCUCCAUGGAAGCCUCCAAAAACCUGUUGAUAGACAUGGAUCCACUUAUCCUGUCCCAAAAUGGAAUGCAUCGUCGUCAGAUCACCGAUAACAUUGAUCCUGAUAUCAAGAAGAAACCUCAUUGCUAUGUGGUGACUGCUGACAACCGUUUCAUUAUGGCCUGUGGCUUUUGGGACAAGAGUUUCAGAAUCUAUGUAGCAGACUCAAGUAAAGUGAGUCAAGUGGUGUAUGGUCACUGGGAUGUUGUGACAUGCUUGGUCCGGUCCGAAUGUCCAGUCAGCGGUGAUUGCUACAUAGUGUCUGGCUCAAGAGAUGCAACUCUGCUAGUGUGGCAUUGGAGUGCUAAGUUACAGUGGGUCCUGGGUGACUCUCACACUCAUGGAGAAGUUGCCACACCGAGGUCAAUCCUCACUGGUCAUGACACAGAGGUGACCUGUGCUGCUGUUUGUACUGAGCUUGGUUUAGUUGCUAGUGGAUCCAAAGGAGGAACUUGCUUAUUACACACAGUAACCGGUGACCUACUUCGAACCUUGACACCUCCAACUGAGUGCAGUUCCCCACGACUUGCUUCAAUGGCUGCAGAGACUGGAGUGAUCCUGAUAGCUUAUGAUCGUGGACAGAUCUGUGCUUUUACAAUCAAUGGGAAAUACCUUGAAAUGGCAACAGUGUCUAGCACCAUUAACGCUUUGAGAAUGAAGUCGGAAGGUGAUUAUUUCAUUACCGGAGGAGAGGGUAAAGUGGUCCAAGUUUGGAGAACUCAUGAUCUUCAACUGAUGUAUACGUUUCCCCUUUGUGAUGCGUCCAUCCUCGCCUUAGAUAUUGCACAUGGUCAAAGAACAAUCAUUGCUGGUAUGGCGACUGGAAGUAUUGUUGCGUUCCGAAUCAAUUUUCACAAGUGGCACCAUGAAUAUCGAGAAGCUUAUUAAACCGACUCAACCUGAAGACUUGGAGUGCUGUUUUGGACAAAUAUGGAAACACAGACUAAAUUGACUCCAUGUUGGGAAUCUGUAGAUAGAGUGUGAAAGAAUUUAGCUGAAGAGGUCAAAACGAAACUGGGUUCUUAAAACUCACCAAUCUGCAACAGAUAUCCCUGCAAGAAAUGCAAAAACAAUCUUGAGUUGGGAUUUUCCACUCUAGAGAAUUGUUUUUGCUAAUAUUUACCAUUUUAAAAGACAACCAUUAACAAAAUAAAGCCUUUGCUGCCUGAGAAAACGAAUCUAAGCUAUCAUUGACAACAUGAUCUCAGCUGUCUUUGACAAAAUGUAUUUUAACAAUAUCUCCCUUGAUAUAAAAAUUAUCAAAUUGUCAAUAUUUAGAAUGUAAUAUAGUAUAUAACUAUUUGGACCAAGAUUAUUUUUCCAAAUUCAGACCAGCAAGAUGAGGCCAAUAGAUUAUUACAUAGAAUAAAGAAAAAACAAUUAGUAAAAGUAAACAUUUAUUAUUAUUAACAUUAUUAUUAAUAUUAAUAUUUAUUGUUAUUAUUAAUAUGUUUGAUAUUGAUACAUUUUUAUAGUUUUAUUAUCAGAUAUAAAAACAUAAUAUUUAUUAACAUUAAGUGAUAUUAUUGCUAUUGUUGUAGAAAUUAUUAUUUAUUUCUUUUUUAUUGCGGAUAUUAUUGUGAAGGUUUUUUUAAUGUGAGAGUAUAACAUUGUUUUCAACAGAGAGCAAUUAGGUUUAAGUAGUUAAACAAGAUUUGAUACGUUGUUUGGUUGCCAUCAAGUUUUGAUUAUUGUGCAAAGUAAUUAUAGUGAAUUGAAUGGUGUAAAAUUGUGGUGCACCGUAGAAGAAAGACGAAAAUGCAUUUGACCUUUAACCUUUGUUUUUCUGGAAACUCCCAACUUUGUUUUAACAUUUACAGUCUUUUUUAUGAAUGCAAUUUAUUGAUCAAUUGUCCCUGAUUAAUUCUUAAAAUGUCACAAACAAAAUGAUUUGUGAAUAGUUUUCUAAUGGUGUUGAUGAAUACAUAGGUACAACAUAUGGGUUUCACAUUAAUUUUGGGGUUAUAGUGGUUUUGUUUUUUUUUUUAAGAUAGCUUUGAAAAUUUCCUUCAUUUUCAUCUUUUCUAAUAGUUGUUAUAAUUUUCAAUAUUAUUUUUUUCCUUUACACCAUAAAUGGACUAAUGAAUUUUAAAUGAGAGACAAAUUUUCAUACCUGACAAGUCCACGCAUAGAGGGUGCUAGAGAGGUAUUUGAUGCAGACAUUAUAUUAUUGCCUUUUUAAACUCUUUAAGUUGAAACGUAUCUAAAGUUGUUAGGACUCGCAUUUAUAUUCUGAGCUUCGUAAAAUAUUGUUAUUCAAUAGCUUCAGCUGUAGAUUAGUUGCGGCAAUUUUUUUUUUUUUUGUUAACUUAAAAAAGUGGUUGAAAAAUAAUUUUAUACCAAUAUAUGUUUCUUGAUGUUAUAAUUCUAAUAUUUUGUACAUGUAAGACAUGUACGUAUGUAUGUGUAUAUAUAAUUAUUGGUCUAUUGCAUCUUUUUGUAUAUAAAGCGUGAAAAGGCCACAUAAACAUGCAAUACGAAUGAAUGAAAACAAGCUGAUAAUAUUUAGAGAGCAUAAAUGUAGCGCCCUCGUCGUUCUGUUUCACUUGUGUUCGUGGCAAAUUUGGUUGGUACUUCUGCCUCCUUUAGUGUAGUCAAUGUUUUAUUUUCUUUUAAUGACGUUCUUGAUUAAUACUUUUUGUGCGAUAAUGCAAGCAUCACCUUGAUCUUUAGGAUAAGUGUUAAUUCAAUAAAUUGUCAUUAAAACCUUAACUAUGUAUAAUAUUCAAUGUUUAUCAUGUCAUUCUGCUAAUCCAAGAGUUUGUAUUUUGUAUUUCUUAAGCAGUGGUCUACCGCAUAUUUCAAUCAGGCUCACUUGAUCAAUGGACCAUUCCACUAUAAUGGACCAUUCCACUAUGCCCCGCCCCCUGGAUAUUGUUGCUAAGGUCACACAUGAACAUGCAUUUGUUGGACAACAUGUGUGCAUGUUGGAAACGCGCGUAUUCCUGGCAUUGUUCUGAUUGGUCAGUUGUUAAUUUUGAUUGACACUUCGGAAAGGUCCAUUAUCUCUUGCAUGUAAAUUGCAUUCUGUCAACGCGUAAUCCAUCUCAAGAGUGGUCCUGCACGUAUACAGUGUGAUGAUCCAUAAUGUAGGCCUAUAGAGGGCAGUCUGCAUGCUGCACUCAAUUAUCGCAAGGUGUAGAUUUUUUUGCAUACUCAACUGGCAUAAAACUUUAAAUCAUGUUAUCACAUCAUUAACUCAAUGAUUAUAUAUGUGUUGUUUCAUGUUAAAUUAUUGCAUAAAUACACCAAACAGGUUUUUUUUUUUCUCCCCUGUUGAUUCAAAGCCAUAAAUUAGAAAUUAGAUUCCUGAAAUACUGUCAUGGUCAAAUGCACUUAAUUACUUGUUCAUCUUUUUAUCCUACUUUCUCACAAAAUCCUGGUAACCUUUCUAUACGCAGUGCUUGAACUUGGGAUUUUGCCUUGCUAUAUUUAUUUUCAUUGUACACACUAUAUUAUUGUACUGUAGUAAUUAUAGACGACCAGUGAGAGUCGAUAAGUUAGAAAAACAAGGAUUAAUAAAUGGGAAACAAUGAAA